CUCAGGAAUUCUGCCCUUCGCUGCCACCGGGGCUGCGGCGUGCAGUCCUGCCCCGCUCCCAGCUCCGCCGCUGCCGCCCGCCCCCCCGCGCCGGCCGGGCGGGUCGGUGCCCGCUGCCCCCGCAGCCCCCACGGCUGCAUGACCGCCGCGGUCUCCGCACGUCUGGAUUCGGUGGAGUCCUGGGCCUUCCAUGCACUGCUGGUGCUGCCCUAUAUGUUUUACGUGGGCUUGUUCUUUGUCAACGUGCUGAUCCUGUACUAUGCCUUCCUGAUGGAGUACAUCGUCCUCAAUGUGGGCAUCGUUUUCUUGCCCGAGGAUAUGGACCAGGCUCUGGUGGAUCUGGGGAUGCUCUCCGACCCUGGCUCCGUGCUCUACGAGACGGACAGCGAGCUGGAUGUCUUUGACGGGUACUUGGAGUGACGGCCCAGAGCGCUCCGAAGCGACUGAGCUGUGCCGCCGUCCGGCCCGGGGCAGGGGCCCGGCGUGCCCGCAUGGCCGCAGCUCGGGGCCCGCCGCGGCCCCGCGGAGCCCUCGCUCCCUCGCGGCUCCACCUGCACUUCCCUUCCAAAUGACACCCGCCCCGCCGGGCCGGGCGCCACAGGGGCAGCCGGGACCCGCUGCCGCCGGGCAGGCCCGCGGAGAUGCAGAGGGCUCGCAAGGGAAAUUCAUUAAACACCUGAAAUGGAUUAUGACCAGGCUAAUGGAUCAAGUCCUGGAAAGAAACUAUACUCUGAAAUGUAGAGAUGAAAAUAAGGACAAGAGAACAAGAAGAAGAGUUGUCCUCAGACCUUGUCAGUCGUGACUUCUCUUCGUGGUCUUUGCCUCUUGUGUGUGCACUUUCUGCAGUGAUUCAUGCACCGUCCUGGGCUUCCAUAGGUAAUUUGGGGAUGAACUAUAUGAAAAAGUAAGAUAAACUAUGUUCUAUUAAAACAGAAAAUCAAGAUGUUACCCAGGUUUGAUAAACUUUUGAAUGAAUACCAUGUCACCCAAAUGGACACACUCCAUAUAGCUUAAGCCAGUUUUACAAUCACACGUUGAAAAUUCUACCAGCCAGUAGUUCAAAGGCAGUGCUUUCUCAGGGGAAAAUAUGCAAGAGUGACUGAAGGAGGUUCUGUUCAGGGAGUAUUAUGGCUAGAACUGUGCUAGUAAGAUAUUUUAUUUAAAAUGAGAGUUUUGAAAUAGAUCAGGGAGUGAAUUUUAUAUAAGUCAGGUGGAUUCAUUAUUUAACACAGGAUACUUUGCAGAUUGUUUAAGCUCACGUUCCUAUGUACAGAUGUGAAAGCAAUACAAUAAAGACUGACCUUUUCCAUGAAA